AUGCCGAGUCGUCACGCGCACUAGUCGAAAGUUUUCGCGAGCCGGUUUCGAAUCGUCGCGCCACGUCGCGUCGUUCGUGCAUUCGCGCCCGUCUUAUAUUAUAUCUAUACGCGAUACGAAUUCUUUAAAAAUUCGUGUGAAAACGAAUCGCGGCGACGGACGACGACGAUGAUAGAUCCUCAGGGGUGAUGAUCCGGCAUCGCGUUCCGCGUGAGUGCGUUGCUCUCGAUCCGACGAAGAAGCGAGACGCGAUAGUGACGAGUGUCGCGCGUUUGACCGUUAUUGUACGUCAUUGUUGGAGAUUGUGACUGUUUUAUUCCUUAACCGCCAGCCCCGUCACGUUACUGCGCAUCAUUCAUCUCGCCACGUACGGAUACACGGGAUCGUCAGAUCAUCGUCAUCGGAUAGGACGGAGGAGCCGCCGGAUCUGACCGCGACAUGGACUUCGUAAUAUUAAAGGUAAACGGACAGGACGUUUCAAACUCUAGUCACGAGGAUGCUGUGCGUUGCUUUCAAUCGGCUCAGGAGCCAAUUAUCGUCGAAGUUCUUCGACGACAACCAGGCGGGCAUCAACAGGUUCCUCACACGCCCUCGAAGGAGCACGAAAGGAUCGCAUGUCAGGAUAAGAACGAGGGAACGACGAACGGGAGGGGCCCGAUAGACGAACGUAUGUGUAACGACGAUGUCAAAAAGGACACGGCGUGUCCUUUGGUGUCGACUGCAGUCCAAACGGACUGGGCUGGUCUCAUAGAAGAGGAGGAGUUGUUGCCGGUUCCCCUCGUAGUCGAGGAACAAGCGAAUGACAGUUUCGAGGACUUUCUCACUCAAGAUAUCGACUUUGAGGAGGUGACGUUACGGAAAAGCGGAAGUGCCGAGAAGCUCGGGCUGACCGUGUGUUAUAGCUCCGGUUCCGGCAGCGAGGACGCCGACACAGAGGUUUAUAUCUCGGAAAUAGUUCCUGAAAGUCUCGCAGCCCGGGACGGUCGGUUGCGAGAAGGAGAUCAAAUCUUGCGGGUCAACGGCAGGGAUGUCGCGAAUAAGGAGCAGACCGAGAAUUUGUUUGCGGAGACAAAAACUGCGGUAACAAUUCUCGUCAGCCGAUGUGUAUAUCAAGACGACGAAUAUGAUGACAGGCGCAUCUAUCAAGGAUCGCCGCCGCUUUCACCUGAAAACCUGCCAGCGUACCAGAACAGCAUGAUCGAGCAACUGAUCCGUCAACAACAGCAGCAAACGGAAGAACGUACCAAAGAAACCGAGAUAAACAACUGCACCUUGAAAGCGCCUCCACCCAUACCUUCUCACACUCAGCAACAGCAGCAGUCCGUCAACAUCUUCUCCACAAACUCCUCGUCCACGUGUUCGUCACAAAACUCGCAAAAGUCAAGCGGUAAAAAUGCGACUUCGCCGGCGCAUCAUACGGAGGAGCGUAGCAAGCAGUGGAUGCAAGACUCGUUGAAGGAUUGCUCCAAGAGGCUCGAGGGUAUUUCGCUACGUAGUCAACAACCUGGACCGCCGCCGCCGCCAACGGCACUGCCGACGGUGAAGCUCGUCGAGGCUUAUUCGAGCCACGUGUGGAGCGACACGGAACACAUUUACGAGACGAUACCAGAGUCGGACAGCGAGCCAAUUUACUCGUCACCGUACGAACACCAUCAACAUUGGACGCAGCAAUCGAACCAUGUGACUACGCAAGUGCAGCACAGCGGUGGCGCAACACAGAAUCACCUGUCUGCCGGAGGACAACAAAACCAAAAGUGGUCUUCCUCAAAGAGCAACAGUUCCGGCGAGGAGAAGGACAGCUCGAGCGCGUACAACACUGGCGAAUCCUGUCAUAGCAAUCCUCUAACUUUAGAGCUUCAACAGGGCGAGAGAGAUCAUCACAAAAGCACGUUGGUAUUGUGUCCACCGCCGAAGACACCGCAGCAGCAACAGAAGCUGGGCUGCAAUUGUCCUAUGCCAGUGACGCCGAGCGCAACGUCCGCGACGAUUAGGCAAUCGUUGAAGAAUCAGAGUGUGAGAAAGAGCUCGUCGUCAUCCUCGCAUCAUCACAAGGAUCGUAACGAGCUGUCAAUGAACGCCAACACGCUGCCAGCCGAUACUAUGUAUACGAACGUGGCAAAUCUGCAACAGACGAUGAUGUUGCAGCAGCAGCUGUUCAAGCAGGCGCUCAAUCGGAAAAAUUUUACAACGUAUAAGGAGACAUCAGCGGGCGGGGCGAGAAAGUCCAAGUCGCAUGGCAAUUUCCAAGCGCCGAAUCUAACGCAAUACCAGUUUGUCGGCAGUCAACAGGUGUGCACGUCCACUACAUGGACACCGCCAGAGGACAAGGGCGAGGUGCAGAUGGAGUGGAAGGUGAAGAGGAGAGCGGAUGGGACGAGAUACAUCGCCAGGAGGCCCGUGAGAAAUCGGAUACUACGAAAUCGGGCGAUCAAGAUAUGCGAGGAGAGGGCCGGUCACACCACGGAGGAUGAUGCCAUGUCGGAGAUGAAGGUCGGACGCUAUUGGAGCAAGGAGGAGCGCAAACGGCAGCUAGAACGCGCGCGCGAACGCAAGCAGCGACAGCAAGAACUGAUGUUGCAACAGCAACAGCAGCAGAUGCAACAAACCAACGAUCUGCUGAUAUGCGAACAUACAGAGGAUAAGGCGUCGAAGAAGCCGUUAAGCAUCGUGGAGCUCAGUCACAAGAAAAUGGCGCGUAAAAAGACGACCCUGGACGAUUUCACCACCGUGCAAGAAAUGUUGGUUCACGGAAACAGGGUAGGAACAGGGGGUCCCGGCACGGGGGGGAAAUUAAUGGGUCUACUGUCGGUUACUACGGUAUAAGCAAACUCCGUUGCAUUCUGUCUUUAGUUAGUUCCAAGUCAAUCGUUCGUCGCGCAGAAAUAUACGGAAUAGCGCGUAAAGAUAUAUUUUUACGGAUGACUUUUAUAUAGAGAGUACGCGAGAAAAACAUUGAAAUAUUUUACCGCAUGUAACACUCAUCCCGAAUUAUCUACGUGAUACUAUUUAUGCGUUUGUUUUAUAUAAUUCGUGUGAAAAUAUAACUACAUCACGCAAAGACAAUUUCGAAGAUAGAGCAUUUGUUUGAAUAAUCUAUAUGAUAUUAUAUCCGCGCUCGAUACACACACACACGCAUGUGUGUGUAAAUAUACAUAUACAUACAAGCGCAUAAAUUUCGUUGGACGAUCACCCAGCAGUUCUUGUAAUAUAUAUGCAGCGAGUAUAUAUGCAUGUGAUGGCUUUCAUUCUUAAUGCGAAUAAAAAAUAAUUUAACGUUAAUUGUAUAAAAAUGACGAAAAUAUUUAUUUUCAAUUUUUCGCUAGAUGUGCAGUAUAUGAGACAUUCAAUAAUUUUUGUGAUUUUAUAAUAAAAGUAAAAUGCGAAGAUAGAAAGGGACAUGUUAAAAAGCACUGUAAUAAAGCGAAGAAACUUAAAUUAUAUGUAGACAUGUGUGGAAUUUAUAAGCACGUUCGCCCUAACUAAUCUUGUAAAUACUUACGACGCCGUAAUAUAUGUAGAUUAUUUUAUACACGUGACAAAAAUAUUCAACGCGCAGAGACAUCGGUAAUAAUAGAUUUGUAGAUAUGUAUGAUAAGCGAUAUAUUAAUACGCGUCGCAAUACGCAGCAAUAUUAUCUUUUUGCUUUAUGCGUUAUAUGAUAUAAAAAUCACGGCAGGGCAAUGUAUAUCCGGAGGACCAUCGCCUUAAUGUCGAUUCCAUCGUUGUUGACUUAUUUUCGUGGACAUCGAAUGGUGCGUUUAAAGAGAAACGAUAUAUGACGGCGACCUUUUCGUCUGUUUACAAAUUAUAGCAUAUACACGCUGUUUUGCGUAAUUUUUACAUGAUUUUUGUAAAGCAUUUAUAUAAUGAACGAAAUAUAUGAAACGCGUGAAAGAUACGUAAGAUCGAAAUCUGAGAUAUCUCUAUCUGGGGUAUAAGUGUAAAGCUGUGUUUUAGUCUCAUGCAUUUAACUCAUAUGUGCAUCGAACCGCGCGAUUAUUAUUUUUAUAUUUCCUUCCCCCCUUCCCCUGCAAAAACAAUCAAAUACUAGAAUCCUAUACUGCCAAUAAUGUCUAUACUGCCCUGUGACUCUAUAUAUGUACUUUAAAGUAUGUAUAUGUACAUGAGAAGAGAAUAAUCUAAUGGAUGUGUGAAUCAAAUGCGAUGUUUCGAUAAAAAACGAUUAUCACGUACUUUCUGACGAGAAUUCACUGCAUAAUAUUUGCGAUGCGCGCAUCAGAAAUAUUAGAUACGAUGAUAUAAUAUUGUAGAAAAUAUGUUGUAUGAUCUAGGUUACAUAUAAACGAUUGCGCGUAUGUAUGCUGUCUUUUGUAUGUAGAUGCGAUUUAAUGAUUUUAAGAAUAUGUGUAAUGUAAAUAAAACCCAAAUAUAAAAUAUAGCAUUAAUAUAUGCAA